UCGAAAAUCAUAAUCAUAAACACAGUAACACAGUGCGAUUUAAUAUUUAUUUAACAAUAAUAUUAUGCAAAAUUUUUUGCGAAUUCAUUGUACUGGCUUUAAGGGAGUUUGAAAAACAUUUUUAUGUACAUAAACAACAAGGACAACAAAGGAAUCUAUAAACAAUCACCAAUCACAAAAAGACCAACGGAACGACGACACAAUCAAAAAGGAAGAACAAAAAUAAUCAGACAGACAGAAUCAGAUUAUCAUCAUCAGCGCUGCCGCCGUCGUUGCCGUCAAAAUACAAGGAACACCGAACACCGCAAACAGCGAGGAGCAGAAGCAAGGAGACAAAUUCAACACCACAUUGCUGCAAUUUACUUGGCUGACUCGCUGACUGGCUGCUGCAUCAUUGAGGUUUUAUUUUCGAUUUUGAGUUUGUUUUAUUUUGGAAUGAGUGAGACAAACGACAGGCGACAGUGGAAAUAUAUAACGCAUAAAAUUCUAAAAUACUUCUAAAUAGGAGUAGGCGACAUUUUGAAAUUGACGCACUUCGUUUCGGAAGCUUUUUUUUAUGUAAAAAUAACACUACCUACCUACCUAUCCAAUAUACGGAACUCAACCAAAUAUUAAUAAUAUACGCGGUGAAGACACGAACGUACGAUGUUUUCUUAUCAUCGUCUGUGGUUAUCAAUGCUAGUUUUAGCUUUUCUCACAACUACAAUGUGCGGUUUUGCCAAUAAUGACAUGGAGAUUUUAGAGAGCACAACCGCCGAUCUGAAACAUGACGGCCAUCAUUUGGAUACACAGGCAACGGCCAAUCUGAAGGACAUUACUGAUGCCGGCGGUGGUGGUGAGCCGGAAGGAGGAGGCGGAAUUGCAAGUGAUCUAGACAUGGAGCGUCUGGAUCGACUGCGUUUUGAACCGUCACAUCUGGAUUUUGGUGUUUGGUCCGUGGGCACCGUACAAUCGCACACAGUUACACUGAUCAAUCAAAAUCGUAAUCAUAGCGUCUAUUUAGGUUCAGUGUACGUGGGUAAGACACCGGCAUUCUAUAGUAGUCUGUUUGAAGCAAAAACAGUGCCCCCAAAUGGCAAUACCACAUUCAAUGUGGUAUUCCUGCCUCGAGAACAAGGUGCUGUGAGCACGAGUUUACAUAUACACACAUCUUUUGGCAAACUGCUGCUGAUGGUGCGAGGAGAAGGACGCGAGUGUCCGUAUAGGCUGAAACCAUUAGUGGGCAUACGGGCGCCGCUGAAUGCAACAUUAAUGCCUAUGAUUCAUAUGUACAAUCCACACGAAAAGACAUUGCAGAUACUGGAGAUAUACAGCAGUGGUGGUCAGUUUCAAUUAGAAUUGCCCAGUGGAGAUCCUGAAGCUCCGCAGGGUCUGUGGCAGAUACCUCCGUAUUCGACGAAACCAAUAAUACGCAUACGUUUUCAGGGAUAUUUGGCGGGAAAUUAUUCAGCAUACAUACGCAUAAAAAUAUCCGAACCCAUGGAUAACAAACAUCCUCAGGAAUCAAAAGAUGACGAUGAAGACUACGAGGAGGAGGUGGAUCAAUCCUCUGCGACUACACCACCUCAUAGAAAAGAACAAGUCUUGGUAAUACCCGUUGAAUUUGAAAUAUUACCAGAUUAUGGGUUGUACGCUGAAAAUCCUGUAUUAGAAUUUGGAUAUAUUGCCAUUGGUGAAGGUGCCACGGCGACUAAGCCUAUUGAACAAAAACUAUCUUUAAGACAUUCCAAAGGACAUUUGGAAGCAGAUAAUUUGAAAUUUGAAUCAAUAACCCCUAUAAGUGGGGUUACACUGAAACCUACUGCUGAUAUCGAAACAUUAACCAUAUAUCCCGAGGAUAUAAUUAAUCCAGUUACAAUUUUAAAUGAAAAACUCAAGUUGGUCCUAAAGGAUACAACAACAAUGUCAUCAUCAGCAGCAGCAGCAACAGCAGCAGCUUUUACAUAUCAUAAUGUUGAGCUAAUAAUACGAGCCCACAUAUUCAAGGGCUCACUUCACUAUGAUGCCAAUUCCACGGUGUUUUUGGAUCAUAAAAUAAACUCCUCAAUUGAUGACCAAUCCAUGGGUGACCAAGCCGCCCAGGAAGAGCCAAUUAAGAAUGGGGAAGAGCACGAGUCGAUGCUGGGGGAGCACAAAGAGGGGGUGGAUGAGGAUUCUGGCAAACAGAGACACAUAGUGUUACGCAAUGAUUUCCAAGUUCCCCUUGUCGUGUACAAUGUAACAACCACAACCCAAAAUGAUUCUUUGUCUAAGCUAAGCUUACAACUUAUUCAUCAACCUCUGGAAAAAGAUAAUCAGCAGCUGGGGCAACUGGUAUUGCAACCAGGACUUACACUGGAUCUAUUAGUGGCUUUUAGAUUAGCUAAAAGAAAACAGCAACAAAAACAAGAAGAUAAAGGAGAAGAAGAACAACAGGAAGAUCUUAAAGAUCUUACAAGAAAUUAUAAGACUGCCAUUUAUGUUUACACGAAUAUAACAAAUUUUGAAAUACCCAUUGUUAUAAGUUCAACUCGGUUGUUUGUGACCACACAGACACAGUCAAUAUGGCGCUCAAAUAAUUCCGUUUAUACCAAAGAGUUACAAUUAAGUUCCGUACCUUUGCGUGAGAUCUCACAACAAGGUUAUGUUAUAUUGCAGAACCCCAAUGCGAUUCCAAUACAACUGAGCGAUUGGAAUAUAGAAAAGGCACCAGGCAUAUAUUUUUCUGCUACAUUUGUGGGAUUUAUACGAGCCGCGGCCAUUAACAAGAGCAAUGAUUACAGCGUAGAUUUAGAAAAGUUCGACUACAAACUUGACUCGGGGAUAGAAGCAAGUGGUGGUGCGGCAGUUUUUUCCAUUCGUUUACAGCCAUAUACCUCGGAGUUGAGAACCACCUAUUUAAGAAUAGCCACACCAUAUGAGAAUCUAACAAUAGCCGUAAAGUUUAGCAUUGCUUUGGGGAAACUUGAAGUGGAUCAAGAAAAAUUGCAUUUUGCAAAUUGUUUUCCGGGUAAAAUAUGUUCCUCGGAGCUGAGUAUACGUUCUACAUUCAAACAAGCCAUACAAAUGAAAUAUAUUAAUUUUACCGAUCCCGGAUUAAGUUUUGAAGAUAAAAAUUCCCAUGGGUCUAAGUUAGCCGCGAAUUCGGUGACCACCGUGGGUCGUAUAUUCUUUGAGCCCUCCGCGUUGUGUGAGACACGAUGUUAUAUACCUGAGUACACAGAUGAGAGCAGUGUAUUCCCUAGUACGCAUAGCAACGCCAUCAACUCCAUUAAUAUGCCCCAUUUCGAUGAAUUGGAGUUAAGGCGCCGCACAGAAUUGUAUCGCCAAUUUAAGUACUACUUUCAAAACUUGGACUUUACAAUGACCACCAAGGCAAUGCAACAUUUUCAGCUAAAUCUUAUGAUUGAAAUACAAUGGCCCAAAUUGGUGACAAGUCGACAAGUGUUGCCCACAAUUGAAGUGAAUAAAACGCAAGUUUUUGAAGUGAAAAUUUCCAAUCCUUCAGAUAGGCCCAUACUCAUAGAUUAUUUACUGGCCGACCCCAGAUUGGCAAAACAAACGCAAAUAUCAUUGCCGCUGGAAGUGAUAAUUCUGACACCCAGUUGUUAUUUAACCGACAAACCGGUUUUUUCCAUGGUCACUCCAGCGCCAAAGAAACCCAUUCUGAUACCAGGCCUUACCUCCAUUAAGGUGCCCAUACAAUUCAAAGCCUCUUCUUUGGGUAAUUAUUGUACCCUACUGCACAUACGCAACAAUUUGACACUGUACGAAGGCAUUUGGAUAAGUGCAAAAGCGGUACAAUCCCAAUUCCGUUUGGGUAAUCGAAAACCAGGAUCUCCGACGCCCUUGCUGUUCGAUAUAAGUGAGCAACAAAUUUCAGCAGCGUGUUCCACAAAAGAGGAAAGUUUCGAGAAGCAGACAACACAUCCACAGGUUUUCUCGCGUCGUGUAUUCACAGCUCGCAAUUCAGGUGAACUACCCAUUUGGGUAGAUAGUUUCUGGAUAGGAGAUCAACCUUGUAUGGGCUAUGGGUUCCAGAUAAUGAAUUGCUCUAGCUUCGAAUUGAAGGCGAAUUCCUCCAAGGUCAUAGAGAUAUUAUUUCAAACAGAUUUCACCGUUACCCGCAUGGAAAAGACGCUGACACUGAAAACAAAUCUCACAUAUGCUGUCACCUAUAUGUUGGUGGCUCAGUUGCCUUCCAAGGGUAUGGAAAAGUGUACUCCAUUAUUGCCAAGACCACCGUGGGAAGAGAAAAUACGUAAUGCCACAAUAGUCAUGCUUAUGAUUACCUUUGUCUUGGUUGUAAUUGCCGUGCACAUAGAUUACGGCAAUAUAAUGUACACGCAGGCCACAAUAUAUGGAGCACGAGAGAAAAGCCGCAUACAUCCUACAUUUAAUUUGCGAAAUAUAGCCAUGCGUUCAACCAAUCAGAAUUUCAAUGAAUUCGCCGAGGCUGAAGGGAUCGAAAUGGCACAAAGGAAUAAGACAGGAUUGAGAAAACGUAAUUCUGGCAGUAAGAGUCAAAAGGCCAGCAAUGGUGAAUCAUCUCCACCAACCUCGUCCAUGCCUAGUAGUUUUGCUGCUUUACCCAAUUUGACGUUGGCCGAAAUGGUCAGUUGGACAUUUGGCAACAAAACAACUAAAAAGUCCAGCAAAACAAACAAAGCCAAAGAAUUUACAAAUAAUACUACGACGUCCACGAUAACUGCACCGGCGACAGCAACAUCAGCAAGUUAUAAUGGUUCAAAUGCGACGAGUUUUGAGGCGAAAGUUCCAAAAUCAAAAUGUAAUGAAAAAUUGCUAAUAGACAAGAUGGACGAUGACGUGAAAAAGGUGCUACCGAACAAAAAACCAGUCAAAAUAGUGGAAAAAUCUUUUGCGGCAAUUAAAAUCAGCGGAGAGGAGCAGAACAAAACAAAUAAAGAUGAGGUGGUGCUGACAGCGACAGAAAAGGAGCUAAAAAGGGAAAAAUCCCAUCUAACAAAGACCCCAUCACCAAAAGCGCAAGAAGUGCUUCCAGUAGCCAAAGAGCAGCACAGGAAACAAUUUGAGACACCGUGCGAGACAGGCAGUAACACUUCACAGGUGGAAUUAUUGCUGUCAAGUUCUCCACAUGUCACUCCACCACCUGCGCUGAACCAACAGACUAAUUCCAAAUCUAAUACUUUGUCGCUUUUAAUUACUCCCAUGGCCGAAAUUACAAAUCAGCAAAUUCCCCAUAAAGAAGCUCUUGCUGCAAAUGGACGCAAACUGGGUAAGACCCCCGGCAGGGAAAGAAGAAAACAAUCUGCACAAAAUACCUCUCCGGCCACCUCAUCCUGUUCUUCGGCAUCGACUUCAUCUUCCCUGGGCUCCCUAACUCAGCAACCAGUUGCCAGCACCAGUAAACGCUAUGAACGCAAAACGAAAAAUAAGGCUAUGAAUUCGCUAAAGUUCUCUCCCCUUAACAGCCAUGCGACGAAUUCGUCAUUGUACGUGUCUCACGCCUCCAUGGCGGCUGCAGCCAAUGGCCAUAACGAUCAAACUUUCAAUUCAGAUUCCCUGUGGGACUAUAACAGUCAAAUAACAUUCAGCGAUGUUUUGCAACAAACCCAACAGUUUGCCAAUUCACAAGCGGCAGCUUUGAAUGCUUCGCCCUCAACGCUGCUCAAUACUGAUCUCAUGCAACAUUCAAGCUCCCUGUUUGAUGGGAGUGCCAACGUCGGCCCACGGUCAUCGCCAUCAACGCCACCAGGGCUGAUGCAGCAGAAUGUUGUACAAUUUGGCAAGAAUUUGGGUAUGGAAAAUUCGGAAAUUACUGCCGCCCUUACACCGAAAAGACCCAUUAAGCCCACUGCGAGUGAUUUGGGACCAAUUGGUUCCAAGAAGUCGCCCUCCUCAACUCCCCCGUGGGAGACAACAAAUAGUGCCAUACCAAUGCCAUUGCCAAGGCCAUUGAAUACAACCAUAACGUCUACUUCAGUACCCCCUUUGCCCUAUGAUUUACAAACUCACAAUUUUGGUUUUAAUGAUUUGUUAACAGCUAGGCAGACUAUACAACAAAUUGCUUCGGCCAAUUCGCAACAAAAUCAACACCAACACCAGCAACAACAACAACAACAAACGCAACAGGCACAACAGCAUGAAUUCGAUAUUGCUGCAAAAUUGCGGGCUAUAAAGGCGCAUGAAAUAAUGAUGGUACAAUUGGAGCAACAUCUAAUGUUGCAACAGCAGCAGCAACAACAACAACAAUAUUUGAAUGCCAUCAAUAAUAACUGGCCAACAGCUAAUGCAACACCAUGGACGCCAUUUGUAAACAGCAAUGGUAACAAUCUGGCGGCAUGCAGCAACGCCGAUAUCUUUGUUGGAGGUCCUUCGGUUUCAACACCAUCGGCUACCUGGAGGAGUACGCCAGCGGCCAUGGAUAGUCAUUAUGCCGUCAUCCAACAUUUGCCGCUUACUCCUGAUGCUGUGGCACCUGGUGUUAGCAUUUCUUCAUCUUCUGGUAUUUCGUCAACUGCCACAGCCACAAGUUUGGCAAUGAAUGGAGGCGACUCAAUUCCUAAUACUGUUGCUGCUGCUUCUUCUUCUUCUUGUACUUCCAAUGUCAAUACCGUUGCUGACAAUAUGCCCUUGUUUAAUUUAUUUGGUCGCGAUUUAAGCUGCCUUUGGGAUGAGAAUUGGAAAAAACCCUCCACACAGCAGCAGCAAUCACAAAAGCCCAAUUCAAAGCAAGACUAAGAACGGGGAAGAGUAUGAAAUUUCUUAAGAUGACCGCUAAAUGGCAGACGCACGCACAUCACUCUUAUAAAAGAAAGCCGCUCUGAUAUAGUCCAACCUAACUUUGCCAACAUAUUUUUGCUUUGUGGCUGGUAUUGCCAAAAUUUUCCAUGCAAAACUUCUCCAUAUUUAAGAUUUCAAUGAUCUAAGGACUCAAACAAAAUUCGAUGCCGUAGCCAAAAAACAAUUUUAAGCUAACCAAAACAACAAAAAUACACACUUGACAUUAUUGCAAACCUUUGUUUUCUCCCAUACACAUAUAUUUCUUUUUUUGUUAAUUAAUUUUAAAGUUAUUUCUAAUUCUUAGAAUUUUAUCCAAAUCCUUGAAUUUUCCACAAAUAUAAAAUCCACAAGAACUUGACAUUUUUGUGUUGUUUCCGAACAAAAGUAUAUACCAAAAACCAGCGACAACAAAAAGAAACAAGCCAACAAACGCAAACAAUUAUUAUAACAACAACAAUACAACACCUAUACAACAUAUAUUUUAAGUAAUUAACCGUUUAUAAAACACCACCAGUAACCUAUUUUGAAUCCUCUACCACUUGUAUCAAAUCUAAAUGACAAUUAAAUUUUCUUUUCAAUUCCAAAAAAAAACUCGAAUAAAUACUCACUCACCUGGAUAACAAAUUA